AUGGAUGUAAGGGCAAUAUUGAAAGCUACUGGUUUUAUUUUAAUUCUUGUCAUUGGAAUACCUGCAAAUCUUUCCAUUCUGAUGUCAUUCUUUACUUCUGCAGUUUCUGAAAAGAAGCUCAUGCCAACAGACUUCAUUCUUACCAAACUGUCCUUUGUAAAUGUUGUUGUUGUACUUGUACGAGGAAUUCCACAGUCUCUUACAGCCAUAGGCAUGCAGAAGUUAUUCAAUGACUAUGGGUGCAAAUUUGUAAUCUUUACUUACCGUGUUUGUCGAGCGAUGUCUGUAUGCAUAACAGCUGUACUGAGUAUCUAUCAGUGUAUUGUCCUUUUACCUCCUACAACAAAAUUUAUGGCAUUGAAACAAAAGGUGUCUCAGAAUAUUUUUCUUCUCUUCCUUCUUCUAUGGUGUAUCAACUGUAUAAUUUACAUACCAGCUGGUUUUAUGUAUUCUCAAGCUGAAGUAAAUUCAAGUAUUCCCAAGUAUGCACUUAAUUUAGAGUUUUGUUUUGUUUUGUUUCCUCAUGAGGUAUCAUACAGAGUUAAUGGAAUAGUUUAUACCUUUCGAGACUUUUUAUUUGUUGGACUUAUGACACUUGCCAGCAGCUACAUUGUUAUAAUUCUAUACAAACAUAAUAAAAAACUCCAGAACAUCAGAAGUCCUGACCAGAAGCAAAAAAGUGCCACAGAAUUAAGGGCAGCUAAGGCUGUAGUUAUUUUGGUUACAUUGUAUCUUGUUUUGUUUGGACUUGAUAAUGCCAUCUGGAUGUAUACCCUUAGUGUUUCUAAUGUAGCACCUGCAGUUUCUGAUGCCCGUGUCUUCUUUGCCUCACUGUAUACUGCAGUUAGCCCUUUGGUAAUAAUUGGGACAAACAGAAAAAUUCAACAAAAGCUGAAAUGUACUUCUGCUAACAUUGAGCAUAACAAACGAGAAAGCAGUGUCACACAUAUAGCUAUGAGUAAGGAAGAGAAGAAUUAUUAA